AUGGCUGAAGUCUUAAAGAAAUCCGGUGUCAUCUACGGUGAUGAUGUCAGAAAAUUGUUUGAUUAUGCUCAGGAGAAAGGUUUUGCUAUCCCAGCCAUUAAUGUUACUUCUUCCUCAACAGUCGUGGCUGCAUUAGAGUCCGCUCGUGACAAUAAGUCGCCAAUCAUCUUGCAAACAUCCCAAGGUGGUGCCGCCUACUUCGCUGGUAAGGGCGUCUCGAAUUCUGAUCAGACGGCUUCGAUUCAAGGCUCCAUCGCUGCAGCUCACUAUAUCAGAGCGAUUUCUCCAGUGUAUGGGAUCCCAGUGAUUUUGCAUACUGAUCAUUGUGCAAAGAAAUUGUUGCCAUGGUUUGAUGGAAUGUUGAAAGCUGACGAAGAAUUCUUUGCCAAAACGGGACAGCCCUUGUUUUCAUCCCAUAUGUUGGACUUGUCUGAGGAGACAGACGAUGAGAACAUCGCGACAUGCGUGAAGUAUUUCGAGAGAAUGAGCAAGAUGAAUCAAUGGCUCGAAAUGGAGAUUGGUAUCACUGGUGGUGAAGAAGACGGUGUAAACAAUGAGCACGUUGAGAAGGAGUCUUUGUACACCCAGCCUGAAACUGUAUUUGCGGUGUAUAAGGCUUUGGCUCCUAUUUCUCCAAACUUCUCGAUUGCUGCUGCGUUUGGAAAUGUUCAUGGUGUUUACAAGCCUGGUAACGUUCAGUUGAGGCCAUCCAUUUUGGGUGAGCAUCAGAAAUACGCCAAAGAGCAGAUUGGAACCGACAACAAGAAGCCAUUGUAUUUGGUGUUUCAUGGUGGUUCGGGAUCUUCUCAAGAGGAGUUUGAUACAGCAAUUGCUAGUGGUGUUGUCAAGGUCAACUUGGACACUGACUGUCAAUAUGCUUAUCUUACUGGUAUCAGAGACUACAUCUUGAACAAGAAAGAGUACUUGAUGACUCCAGUCGGUAAUCCUGAUGGAGAAGACAAGCCCAACAAGAAGUAUUUUGAUCCUAGAGUUUGGGUAAGAGAGGGUGAAAAAUCCAUGAGUGCCAGAAUUGCUGAGGCUCUUGAGAUCUUCCACACAAAGAAUCAAUUGUAA